AUGGAGCAGCCAUUCCUGUUAGACGAUGAAGAGCAAGAUCCAGAGCCACAGCAGAGGUCACAAGAACCCAUUCAAGUCCUCCAUGAAGAUGGGGAUGACGAUGCUGAGCUGAUCUUUGUUGGAGUAACUUCAACUUCACAAACAGCCAAGUCGAACAUUUUGAACAGAGUCACCCUGGGUUCACGGUUAGAAAGAAAGCAUGACCGACUUAGACCACUACUGAACGAUUGCAGCCCUGCCGUCCCCACAGCAGAGGCAGUGAUUGUCUUGCGGGCGUCUCCAGCUGAAUCAAGAUUGACAGAUAGCCCUAUUAUUAUUGAUCCUUUGUCUGAGUCUGAUAAUAAAAGUAAUUCACCACAAGUUGUGCCUAGUAGCUCUUCAAAGUGUUGUUCACCUCUGGUUACACUCUCAAGUUCAGAGAGUAGUCCAGUAAAGGCAGCGCUUUCAGGAGGAGAUGUGAAUGAAAAUUUUUAUGUAUCAAAGUGCCAUUUUCCCAUAAAUCCACAGAGGCCUGAACACAGUCUUGAGAUUGUAGAACCAUUUUCUUCAGGUACCUUCCAUACCUUGAAUGUGCAACAGAGGACAUGUUUCUUUGGUGCUCCACACUCACUGAACCUUCUUGGAAAUGGGGUACCCCCUUCAGAGGACUCCGCCCACCCUCGUCAGGACAGUGGAUUGGCGGAAGCCGACUUUUCAAGGCGAGCAAAUCAAGAGACGUUUGAUCCCAAGAAAGGAAGCUUGACCCUGUUACUUAGUGACUUUUAUUAUGGACAGUACAAAGUGGGUGGGAGGCCAGAACAGAAGACUUAUACAACUUUUAAAUGCCCCAGCUGCUCGAAAGCUCUAAAAAACGUUAUAUUUAUGAGCCACACCAAACAUCAUUUGGAGCUGGAGAGGCAGGGGAGUGAGGACGCCUGCGAGAGCCACGUCACCUGUCUGCGCUGCCACCAGCAGUUCGAUUCCCCGUUCCAGCUGGAGUGCCACAUUGACCGUGUGCACACGGCGCCAGACCCGCCUAUGGUCUGCAAAAUCUGUGAAUUGUCAUUUGAGACCGACCAAGUCCUUUUACAGCACAUGAAGGACAAUCACAAGCCCGGGGAGAUGCCAUAUGUGUGCCAGGUCUGCAAGUACAGAUCGUCAGUCUUCGCUGAUGUGGAGACACACUUUACAAAGUGCCAUGUGAACACUAAGAACCUGCUUUGUCCAUUUUGUCUUAAGAUCUUCAAAACUGAGAUGCCAUACAUGUGCCAUUACAGGGGCCACUGGGAGAGGAGCGGCCACCAGUGCUCCAAGUGCCGGCUGCAGUUUUUAACCUUCAAGGAGAAAAUGGAGCCCAAGACCCAGUGCCACCAAAUGUUCAAGAAGCCCAAACAGCUGGAAGGGCUGCCACCUGAGACGAUGGCCGUGGACCAGGUGUCAGUGAAGCCUGUCGAGUCAGAGUCUGUGAAAGUAGCAUCAAUCACUGUGAGCACAACUGACUGGGAGCCCUCUUACCCCAGAUCUCAAGGCUGGCUUUCACCAAAGCCCCAUUAACUCUAACC